CUUGGUGAUGACUGGACUGCUUUUUGAAACGCAAAUUGCCAAAUGCUGAUUGAUGAUGCUACGUGACACACACUCUCUCCCUCUCUCACUAUAUAAAUCCUCACGCGUCUCUCUUUCUUCUCAUUCCAUUCCAUCAGAUCUCUCUCUUGCGAUCUCAACCUCUCUAACAAGGUUGCUGAGGACUAACAAGCGAAAAUGGUGAAGAUUUGCUGCAUUGGAGCUGGGUAUGUCGGUGGCCCAACCAUGGCUGUGAUUGCCCUGAAGUGUCCUGAGAUUGAGGUGGUUGUGGUGGACAUUGCCACGCCGCGAAUCAAUGCCUGGAACAGCGAUCACUUGCCGAUUUAUGAGCCGGGCCUUGAUGAUGUGGUGAAGCAGUGCAGGGGAAAGAACCUCUUCUUCAGCACUGAUGUGGAGAAGCAUGUUGCUGAGGCUGACAUUGUCUUUGUCUCAGUGAACACCCCAACAAAAACUCAGGGUCUUGGAGCUGGCAAAGCAGCUGAUCUGACUUACUGGGAGAGUGCUGCUAGGAUGAUUGCUGAUGUCUCCAAAUCUGACAAGAUUGUGGUUGAGAAAUCCACUGUCCCUGUCAAAACAGCAGAGGCAAUUGAGAGGAUUCUCACUCACAAUAGGAAGGGCAUCAAUUUCACAAUUUUGUCUAACCCUGAGUUUCUUGCUGAAGGUACAGCUAUUCAGGAUCUGUUCAACCCUGAUAGAGUCCUCAUUGGAGGAAGGGAAACCCCAGAAGGUCAAAAGGCAAUUCAUACCCUGAGAGAUGUUUAUGCUCAUUGGGUCCCUAUUGACAGAAUCCUCUGCACCAAUCUGUGGUCUGCUGAACUCUCAAAGCUUGCUGCCAAUGCUUUCCUGGCACAGAGGAUCUCUUCUGUGAAUGCCAUGUCAGCCCUCUGUGAGGCAACUGGUGCUGAUGUCUAUCAGGUAUCCCACUCAAUUGGGACUGACUCAAGAAUUGGGCCCAAGUUCCUGAAUGCCAGUGUUGGUUUUGGUGGAUCUUGCUUCCAGAAGGAUAUACUGAACCUGGUCUAUAUCUGUGAGUGCAAUGGCCUUCCAGAAGUGGCCAAUUACUGGAAACAGGUCAUCAAGGUGAAUGACUACCAGAAAGCUCGGUUCGUGAACCGGGUGGUUUCUUCGAUGUUCAACACAGUCUCAGGGAAGAAGAUUGCUAUUCUGGGUUUUGCUUUCAAGAAGGACACCGGUGACACUAGGGAGACCCCAGCCAUUGAUGUGUGCAAGGGGCUGAUAGGAGACAAGGCCAAGUUGAGCAUUUAUGAUCCUCAGGUUUCUGAAGAGCAGAUCUUGAAGGAUCUGUCAAUGAAGAAGUUUGAUUGGGAUCACCCUGCUCACCUUCAACCAACAAGCCCCACUUCCAACAACCAGCAGGUGUCUGUGGUUUGGGAUGCCUUUGAAGCAGUCAAGGAUGCACAUGGUAUUUGUAUUCUGACCGAGUGGGAUGAGUUCAAGACACUUGAUUACCAGAAGGUUUAUGAUAACAUGCAGAAGCCUGCAUUCGUAUUUGAUGGCAGGAAUGUUGUGGAUGACAAAAAGCUGAGGGAAAUUGGUUUCAUUGUUUACUCCAUCGGCAAGCCACUAGACGCUUGGCUCAAGGACAUGCCUGCAGUGGCUUAAAGGAGAAGUACAAUCUGGAGUUGAAUUUGUUGGUGUUUCAGAGAGAAUGUGCCCAUUUCCUGAUAUAUUAUCAUGCUAUUCUUAUAGUUUAGACUUAUGUUGCUAUUUACUCUUGAUGGUACUUUGAUUUUAUCAGGCUUUAUCUUAUGUUAGGGCUUCAUUGCCUUCAUAUAUUGUCUUUAGCUAGCCAAAAAUCUUAUUUGUUGACCUGGUUUAAUGUAAUAAAUGAGUAUUGGAGGAAUUUUUAUACAAUGGAUCAUCAUUUGUUUUA